AGAGUCACAUCACUAGUUAUCUAUCAAAGGUCGGACGGGUCGACUGGGACGUGUAAUUUUUGGAUAAUUUUUUCAAUAGUUCUCUUAUAAUUUGCCUUGCAAUAUGUUCUCCCGCACGCUAAAGCCUGCCGCUUCUGUGACUUUUCAGAAUGGUUUCAAAAAUUUCUCCACUUCAUCGCAGAACAACUUCAAAGUCGUGGUUGCUGGGGCGGCUGGAGGAAUCGGUCAGCCCUUAGGUCUACUGCUGAAGCAGAAUAAGCUAGUCACGAAUUUAGCACUAUAUGACAUUGCCCCGGUGACCCCGGGAGUGGCUGCCGACUUGUCCCACAUGGAUACCCCGGCCAGGGUCAGCGGACAUAAAGGACCAGAACAGCUAGCUGAUGCUAUCAAAUGUGCAGAUGUAGUGGUAAUCCCAGCUGGUGUUCCCCGCAAGCCUGGUAUGACUCGUGACGACCUGUUCAACACUAAUGCAUCCAUCGUCCGAGACCUGGCCGCUUGUAUUGCAGCGAAAGCUCCAAAGGCUCUCAUAGCCAUCAUCACCAACCCUGUCAAUUCCAUGGUCCCCAUCGCCUCCGAAGUUUUGAAGAAGGCGGGUGUAUACGACCCUAAUCGUGUGUUUGGUGUGACCACUCUGGAUGUAGUCCGUGCUGCGGCCUUCAUCGGCGAAAUCAACGGUGUGGACCCUGGGUGCGUGUCGAUCCCCGUUAUUGGAGGUCACUCCGGGGUCACCAUCAUCCCAGUACUGAGUCAGUGCGAACCUGCCGUCAAAUUGUCCGACCAAAGCAAAAUAGAAGCUCUCACUAAGAGGAUCCAGGAAGCCGGCACUGAGGUGGUGAAGGCCAAGGCUGGUGGUGGAUCAGCGACGCUGUCGAUGGCAUACGCUGGUGCAAGACUCGUAUGCUCCCUGCUCAGGGGUCUCAAUGGAGAAUCAAACGUGAUUGAGUGCGCCUAUGUCAAAUCUGAUCUGACUGAGGCCACAUAUUUCGCGAACCCGCUUUUACUUGGGAAGAACGGCUUGGAGAAGAAUCUUGGCUUCGGUAACCUUAACGGUUACGAGCAGGGGCUCCUCAAGGCUGCCAUCCCAGAACUACUGAAGAACAUCAAGACCGGAGAAGAUUUCGCCAAGAAGUAACUAGCAUCUGACUUAAAUUUAAUAUCGUGCAGUAUUUAAGUAUCUAAAGUGAAGGUCAACUCGACAAAGAAAGGCAGACGUUAGAAAUUUCUGUUUGAGUGCAUUUUAAGAUUAUGAAUUUCUGAGUCACUUAAUGACUCCAAAUUCGCCAAUUAUAUCAAUAAAAUGAACUUGUAUUAAAAUAA